GGGGAAGCACGAGAGUAGUUGGAGCAGGGUUAAAGCCCGUUCGAAAUUUUAAUGGCCAUAACUAUGGAGGAAACAGCAGCGGCGAAGAUGAUGCUGAGGGCGAAGAUGAAGGGGAUAUGGAAAAGGAGAUGGUUGAAAUCGAAGAACAAGGAGGAUUUUUGGAAGACCAGGAGUUUGAUGAUGGUAUGCAUGAUGCCGAUGAAACAAAAUCACCCGAAAGAGAUGAAAUUGAAGCUGCGACAAACAAGUCCAUUGCGUCCGUUGAAGUAGAUGAGAUUGCACUUGACUUGACCGAAGAAGAAGUGAAGUCAGAAGCUACACUCGCGACAUCAGAAUCAUCUGACAGACCGACGAUACUGCAAGAAACUACUGACUUUAUCCUCUCCAUUCCAAGUUUCCUCGUUGAUUCGCUUAUCGCUAGUUCAGCCGGUGGAAGGGAUAAACUUAGUUUCACCCAUGUCCCGAGCACAGAAGUUGAGCUUGCCAGGUUGGACGAAGGCAGUACUUCUGAUGAAUCGAGUGGGGAAGAGACGUCGGAAGAGGGAUCUGAAGGUAGCCUCUUGGAAGCCGGCGAGGAUUUCUUGACAGACUCUGAUGGGUCUGAAGAGAUUGCGAAGUUGGAAGCAGGCGAUGAACAGCAGACAAGGACGGAAACUGCAGGAUCGUCCCGGCGGGACACGACAAACAAAAACUUUCUUAAGUGUUUUUCUGCCACAGUGUGUGCCAUUAUAUUGAUUGUCGCGGUCAACUCUAUCCGUGGCUUGUCGAUCUGGGGCGACCCGCACCCGAUGAAGCACGAUCUCUCCUAUUAUGCGGCAAAAUAUGACAAGAAGCCUCAGAUCCCUCCGAACAGGCAGGCGGACUGCGCGUACACCAACGCUGUCGAUGUCUCUUUCAUUGUGAUCGCACCUGGCAGCGUCACAAAUUCCUCGAUCAUAUUGAUUCAGAAACAAUUGGACGUGUUGGCGUCCUUUCCCUGGAAAGCCAGCGAGGACUAUGAAACAAGGUUCCUACAGGUCCCCAUGUACUUGAUAAAUAGGGGUAGGCGCUUUAUUCUUCUCACCGAGGGAUCUCUUCUCAGCCUGGCUAAUCUGUUCGAGAUCUCCGGUACGGCUGAAGAAUAUCGUAAACGAGUGUACGAGAUCAACCAUACAGCUUUCAUCGUUCCUUCUCAACGAUUUAAUUGUGGAAAGAUCAUUCAAAACGAUUCGAUACCAGUAGGCCUAUGCUCGAUGUCAGCCCAGCAAAACCAAGAUAUUGCACGUUUGUUCCCAGUGGUCCUUCCUCAAGGAGUGUUGGUCGUUACAUGUCCCAGCAUCUUUAGAAUACGGGGAUACACUGAGACGCCCCUUGACGGUGGAUUGGACAAGGAGAUGAUUUGUAGAUUAAGGUACAUGUAUGAUAUACGAGUUAAGAAGCUUGAUGGAGCCUGUGGUUUUGUUGACUUGAACAUUGGAAGGCAAAACAAUGCGAUUGGGGAAUUGCAAUCAUCGGAGAAUUACACUUUCAGCAAUGCGAUGUGUGACCUUCUCAUGAACGGAAAUCUUCUCGCAGCUUUCCAAAGGAUCUCGAAAGUCGUCACCAAGAAUUGGGGCUUCCCAGAUGUGGGCAUGUUCGAGCGGAAAUAUCGCAACAGGAUUCCUUGA